AAGUGGAAGACAAUUCCGAUCGCAGUUGUUUCGAACCCAAAGCAUAAACCCUUUGCGGCGGAGGGAAGGGAGUGAUGGCUCGGAUUCCGCUGGGUUGCGAGGCGGUGGCGGGAUCGCUGACGCCGUCGAAGAAGCGGGACUAUAGGGUUACCAAUAGGCUUCAGGAAGGCAAACGCCCCAUUUACGCCGUCGUUUUCAACUUCAUCGAUUCCCGCUACUUCAACGCCUUCGCCACUGCAGGCGGCAAUCGCGUGACUGUCUACCAGUGUUUGGAGGGCGGUGUUAUAGCUGUGCUGCAAUCGUACAUUGAUGAAGAUAAGGAUGAAUCGUUCUACACGGUCAGUUGGGCUUGCAAUAUUGAUGGAGCACCAUUUUUGGUGGCUGGAGGGCUUAAUGGAAUCAUCCGUGUUAUCGAUACUGGCAACGAGAAGAUAUACAAGAGUUUAGUUGGUCAUGGGGAUUCUAUCAAUGAAAUUCGGACUCAGCCGUUGAAACCAUCCCUUGUUGUGUCAGCGAGCAAAGAUGAAUCUGUGCGCCUGUGGAAUAUCCAUACCGGGAUAUGCAUUUUGAUAUUUGCAGGUGCAGGUGGCCAUCGCAAUGAAGUUCUUAGUGUGGACUUCCACCCCUCUGAUCUAUACCGCAUCGCAAGCUGUGGAAUGGAUAACACUGUCAAGAUCUGGUCAAUGAAAGAAUUUUGGACAUAUGUAGAGAAAUCAUUUACUUGGACAGACCUACCUUCCAAAUUUCCAACAAAAUAUGUCCAGUUCCCAGUUUUUAUUGCAUCAGUACAUACAAAUUAUGUUGACUGCAACCGCUGGAUUGGUGAUUUUAUGCUCUCUAAGAGUGUUGAUAAUGAACUUGUAUUAUGGGAACCAAAAAUGAAGGAACAAUCUCCUGGAGAGGGUACAGUUGACAUCCUCCAAAAGUACCCUGUUCCUGAAUGUGAUAUCUGGUUUAUUAAGUUUUCUUGUGAUUUCCAUUACAAGGCAGCAGCAGUAGGGAAUAGGGAAGGGAAGAUAUACGUGUGGGAACUUCAGUCUAACCCUCCGGUUCUCAUUGCAAGAUUAACUCACGCCCAGUCGAAAUCGUCAAUUAGAUUAACCGCAAUGUCUUUUGAUGGAAGCACCAUUCUCUCCUGCUGUGAAGAUGGAACAAUAUGGAGAUGGGAUGUGGUAGCAAGCUCUUGAGAUUCCGAAUCGGCAUGUAAUUGAAGUCAGCA